AGACCGCCCCCACUGCCUGCAAAAAACGCGAAUCUCUCUCCCUCCCUCCCUUUCUCUCUCUCUCUCUCUCCCGAAAGCGAAAUCGAACUACGUGAAAAAACAAUUCAGUCUUGAAAACGGAUCCGAAAGAAAUUACGAACCAGAAUAACUGAAAACCCUAACCCUAGCCGAGACUUUUCGUCUUCACCCCACUCCUUUUGUCUCUCUCUCUCUCUCUCUUAUUUUACUGUGCACGUGAAGACCUUAGCCAUAGUUAGAUUAGGGUUAGGGUUUUUGUGGAUAGAGGUGCACGCGAGGUACCGAAGCAGAUUAGGAUUUGGGUUAGGGUUAGGGCUAGAGUUAGGGUUUCAGUGAUGGAAUGCGAAGGUUGUGGUGGUGGUGGGCGUUGUUGUUGUCGUCGCUGAUGACUGGAGGCCGAUGUCACAGGCGGAAGAAAAUGAUGGGUAGGGGUGCGGAAGGAGGUUGCGGCACCGAGGAGCGGCCUUGCCACGUUUCUCGGGUUCCGGCCAAAAUUCCGCUGGGGGCCAAACCGGAAAUUCCCGAGAAGCAGACCUCAGUAGAUAUUGAUUUCUAUUCGCAGGCUAGGAAAGCGCUUUGUGAGCGCUCGCCUUUCGAUGUUGCGGACGAGGCCUCGGCUUUGAGUCUGUCUACUCUGCCCAGCGGCUUGGCCAGCUUCUUGUCGAGGAGCUCGGACAGUCGGAGGCGGCACAAGAAGUCCCAUUCGGGUGCGGACAAGAAGUCUUCUCGGCCAUCUAGGGGUUCCAACAUUUGGGCCGAGAAGGCGGAGUACUUUAGAGACCUGAGAUUGUGCGAUAUUGAUGCCUUGUUUGAGAUAUCUUCUCCAUUUAGUUCUUUAGCUACUCGGAAGUGUCUUCUGAUUCCAAUUUCGGAAAAUGCUUCGAGGGUGAAUGUAGGUAGUUGUGGAAUUGAGAGUGCGAAUGAGCAUGAUGGAAAUGGAAGCGGGAAUGGUAAUGGAAAUGGAAGUGGAAAUGAUAAUGGAAAUGGAAGCGGAAGCGGAAAUGGUAAUGGAAAUGGGGCUGUUAAAGAGGAGGUGAAGAGUGAGGGUGAGCAAUCAUUGGAAAUUGACAGUGUUGGAGAUGAGGCUUUGCCCCAGGAUGAAAAGGGUUGUUCGGUGUCCGAUUCAUCUGGCGGUUUAGAGUGGCUUUUGGGAACUAGGAAUAAGAUUUCUUUAACUUCGGAGCGGCCUUCGAAGAAGCGGAAGCUUCUGGGUGUGGAUGCAGGGUUGGAGAAAGUUUUAAUUGCUUGUCCUUGUGAAGGGAACUCAUCAUUGUGCCAUUUUUGCUGUACGGGGGACACGGGAAAGGAGUCCAACCGGUUGAUUGUUUGCAGUUCGUGUAAGGUUGCAGUUCAUCAGAAGUGCUAUGGUGUGCAGGAGGAUGUGGAUGCGGCUUGGUUGUGUGAAUGGUGUAAGCAGAAGAGUGAUAGCAAUAGUAAUGAUUCAGUGAAGCCUUGUGUGCUUUGCCCGAAGCAGGGUGGUGCUCUAAAACCUGUUCAUAGGAGUGACGAAAGUGGUGAAUCCAUGGAGUUUGCUCACUUGGUUUGUUGCCAUUGGAUGCCUGAGGUCUAUAUAGAGGACUUGACGAAGAUGGAGCCGAUCAUGAAUGUGGGAGGAAUCAAGGAAACAAGGAGAAAAUUGGUGUGUAACAUAUGCAAGGUGAAGUGUGGCGCUUGUGUUCGGUGCAGUCAUGGAACCUGCAGGACUUCCUUCCAUCCUAUAUGUGCAAGGGAGGCGAAAUUCAGAAUGGAAGUUUGGGGAAAAUAUGGAUGUGAUAAUGUUGAGUUACGGGGUUUUUGCUCAAAGCACUCAGAUGUACAUGAUAGUAGCAGCAGUUCACGUGCAGGUGAGCCUUCUGUGGCUGUUGGUGGUGGCUUCAAUGUUGCCAACCAUCUUCCCAUGGCAGUCUCUAUGAAUGAACCACACAAGUUAACGAUUGAUUGCCAAAAUGGAGAUGAUAUUGCAGUACAUCUAGGAACUCCUAAUACUACUGAUAAAUCGGGUGAUAGUGAAUUACAAGAGACAGGGUGUUCCGAUUUUGGUUUAGAAACCAGAGUUAUGCCAGAAUGCGGUGAUGCACAACAACUCAUUAGUGUGGGAGAACUAGAGAGGAGCAAUGAGGAUGUGAACCUAUCUGAAUCCCUUAAUGUUACAGUGAUUUUGAAGAAGAUGAUUGAUCGAGGAAAAGUCAACGUGCAAGAUGUGGCGUUGGAGAUUGGCAUCUCACCUGAUUCAUUAACUGCAACACUUGAUGAUGACGGCAUGGUACCUGACUUGCGAUGCAAACUGUUCAAAUGGCUUAGAAAUCGUACUUAUUUUAGUACCUCGCAGAAAAAUCUCAAAGUUAAAGCAAAUUCAGCAAUUGCGUGUAAGGAUGAAGUUGGAACAACUGAUGAAUCUGAUGCUGUAGCAGUAUCAGAGUCUGAUAUUCCAGAUCCUGUUGCUGUUAAGUCAGUACCCCCGCGGAGAAGAACCAAAAGCAACAUUAGGAUUUUGAAGGAUAACAAAGUAAUAUGUUCAUCAGGGGAAAUAUUUGGUGACAAUGGGAUAGUAAUCGAUAAGGUUAAAGUAGAUCAACCCGGCUGUGAAGAACCAGAAAAUUCAAGUAAAUUAUCAGUCCCGAGUGCUACCGAAAAGAAGUCCACUGAGCCUGAUGCUGUUGAAGAUUCUUUGCUGAGGCAUUCAUGUAAAUCUGAAGGCAAUUCACCUAGACCCUCAAAUUGCAGCCUUCAUGAAAGCAUUCAAUUGGAGGAGGUUGUCAUUCCUGAGUGCAAAGCUUCUGUGAAUGGGGAUCAAGGAAAUCCAGUUUGUUCCGCUGUAAAUUCAGUUGUCUCUGAUGUCAUGAAAACAGAAGCAGCGUCUAGCUUUUACAUCCACCCAUAUAUUCGCAAGAAAUUGUUGCAGAUGGAAUUGGGAAUACUUUUGAAGAACCCAAUGCAUGAGUUUGAUGGUUCAAGGGAGAAAGAAACCUCUCGAUUGGAGGCUUCUUCCAAUGCUAGUGUUUGCUGUAAUCACCAAAAUCAACAUUCAAAGUUCAGUAACAUGAUUUGUAAAUCCGAUGGACUAAAUUUAGACCGGUUGGUUAAGGCUAGGAAAAUGGGAGUUUUAGACUUGUCUCCAGAAGAUGAGGUGGAAGGGGAAAUUAUCUAUUUUCAGAAUAGGUUACUUGGCAAUGCUGUUGCAAGAAAGCAGUUUACUGAUAAUUUAAUUUGUAACGUUGCUAAGAGUUUGCCACAGGAGAUUGAUGCAGCACGGUGGCAAAGAUGGGAUUCUGUGCUUGUUAACCAGUAUCUUUGUGACCUUAGAGAAGCAAAAAAGCAGGGUAGGAAAGAGAGAAAGCAUAAGGAAGCGCAGGCUGUGCUGGCUGCCGCAACUGCUGCUGCUGCAGCAUCCUCUAGGAUCUCGUCAUUUAGGAAAGAUGCUUUUGAUGACUUGGCUCAACAGGAGAGUUCGAUGAAUUUGAAUACCUCUAUUGGGAGGUCUGGCAUCAGCUCCCAGUUGAUGCCACGGGCGAAAGAGACGCUUUCUAGGGUGGCUGCCCCAAGGAUUUCAUUAGAAAAGCACUCUGAUUUUGUUCAUUCAGUAUCAGAUCUUUCUAAGGAACAUCCUAGAUCAUGUGAUGUCUGCCGACGGUCUGAGACAAUAUUAAACCCAAUAUUUGUCUGUUCGAGUUGCAAGGUUGCGGUUCACUUGGGCUGCUAUCGUAGUGUUAAAGAAUCUACAGGUCCAUGGUACUGUCAAUUAUGUGAAGAAUUAUUAUCAUCUAGAAGCUCUGGAGCACCAACUGUCAAUGCUUGGGAGAAGCAUUUUUUUGUCGUGGAAUGUGGUCUAUGUCGUGGCACUACUGGUGCUUUUAGGAAGUCUUCAAAUGGUGAAUGGGUCCAUGCCUUCUGUGCUGAGUGGGUCUUUGAAUCAACAUUCAGAAGGGGACAAGUAAACCCAGUUGAAGGAGUGGUGUGGAACUCGUGUGAUAUUCUUACACAUUCCAUAUCAUGUGACAAAAUGCAGGAGACAGUUUUGAAGGAGGCUGAUGUUUGCUAUAUCUGCCGGCGUAAACAUGGUGUCUGCAUAAAGUGUAGCUAUGGUCACUGCCAAGUAACAUUUCAUCCUACAUGUGCCAGAAGUACUGGCUUCUACAUGAAUAUUAAGAAUUUUGGUGGCAAGUUGCAGCACAAGGCUUACUGCGAAAAGCAUAGCUUGGAGCAAAGGGCAAAGGCUGAAACUGAAGAACAUGGAAUGGAGGAGUUUAAGAGGAUCAAGCAAAUUAGGGUUGAACUAGAGAGGUUACGUCUUAUUUGUGAGAGAAUAAUCAGACGUGAAAAAAAGAAGCGGGAAUUGGUUUUGUGCUCACAUGACAUACUCGCUUGGAAAAGAGAUCAUGUUGCUCGUUCUGUGCUUGUUCAUAGUCCCUUCUUCGUUCCUGAAGUUAGUUCUGAAUCAGCUACAACAUCCCUCAAAGGGCACACCGAUGGUUAUAAAUCAUGCAGUGAUGCAAUCCAAAGAUCAGAUGACAUAACUGUGGAUAGCACAGUUUCUGUUAAGCACCGGAUUAAAGUUCCUAUGUCCAUGGAUGCAGAUCAAAAGACUGAUGAUGACAGCUCCACAUCCCAAAUCUUUCUUGCCCGAAAGCUCACAGAGAGGGCACAAUUUUCUGGGAAGCAAAUCCCUCAUAGGCCUUCUUCUGUUGCAUCUCCUAAUCUUUCGGAUGAGGGCGGAUGGAGGUCAAAAUCUAGAAAGCAUGCCGAGACAUUUGAAAAAGAGCUUGUAAUGACUUCAGAUCAAGCAUCUAUGAAGAAUAUGCGGUUACCUAAGGGCUAUCAAUAUGUUCCUGCUGAUAUACUUCCCAGUGGGGAGCAUGACCAGGAUGCAUGUUCUGGUGAACCAUUGGAACGCCAUGGAUAGAGUGAGGUAUCUUCUUCCGGGUUUUGAUUUGCCUACUCAGGCUACUGUCCGUCCAGGACAAAUGUUUUCUGCCCCGAGGCCUCCACAUUUAUCUGAUUAUGGAGACUGGCAGACUGAACACCGAGAUGGGGUUCUGGUCAGUAUACUCAUUAAGUGGGAGUCGCAAUCGCAUUCUGGUUUGGGCAGGGAAAUUUUUUGACAAAGAAUUGCUGUAUAUUCAUUGUGAGAGUAACUGUACAGUGGGUGAGGGUUUAUUCCAUUAGUACACGUGUAUUAGAAGGGCGUGAAUGUCUUUGUAUUGAUGCUUUGUCUCUCUUGUGGAGGUGGGAUGGAAGCUCUGCUUCAUGUAACUGUUGUAUACGAGGGAAUCAAAGGGUAUCACCUACUGUGCCUGCUCUGUAAAGUUGGUGUAUAUAUUCCUACAAUAUCAAUGCUCCAAAAGAUCCCGCUCUCUUGAUAUUGAUUGGAGCGUUAUUUUUGAAGUGCAACCUUGUGUAUGUAUGUAGUUGGUCAGUUGGUUUCACUUUGUACGUUUUUAUAGCUGAGGUGAUUUUUCUGAAUUGAGAUUUUCUAGAAUUUCCAAGGAA